GUAUUGAGAACACAAGAACAAUCCAAUGUCAUUCAUCACAGAGCUAUGGGAGUCAGUGUUCACGCCCGGCACCACGCCGGCUUUGAUAAAGGCCACCCACGGGAGUUUUAUAAUGUUGAUUUUGUCGCUUUGCUCCCUCGUGUUCAUGACCAGAUCCAUCCACUUUGUUAACCUCUUGGUGAUAUCCAUCUUACUAUACGCUUCAGUGGUCUGGUUCAUUCACGAGUUAAACCAAGCCAAAUUGAAGGAUAACCUCGAAUUGGAGAAGGAGGUCGAAGAGGAUACAACCUCGUCUGAGAAAGAAGUGUCUAAGGUAGAAGACGCCAAGCUGAGUGAAAAACUGUCUACUUCCGCCACAGCCAAGCCUUCUGCUAGCCCUAAAAAGAGAAAGGUAUAACAAAGUUCGUGCUCAAUCUUUGCAUUCAUGUUUUUACCUAUGUUAAAUGUAUACUUGUAUAUCUUGACCCAUUUAUUUUACAUACUGAACAUACUGAAUAAUUGCGACACUGAAAAAUACCUUCCUCAUGAGCUUUGCAGAUGCGUUUCAAACGUAUAUCAACAACCCCGAAAUAUGCAAGAAAAUUACUCUUUAUAACGAUGACACGGUAAUAAUCAUCAAGGACAUGUUCCCCAAGUCGUUACGGCACUAUUUAGUGAUUCCCAAGUCCCCGGCAGUCACUCACGCGC